CUUCACCCCCUGUCCAGUGCGAGCUUUCAGCGAUGUCGCGGCCGGUUUCAGCCCCUUGGCGCCGCUCCAGCACUGCAACACUUGCAAGGCGCGGCAUCGACAGACCCAGCCUGACACGGCCCUCAAAGGGCCUGGUCCGCGCCGCCACGGUGCCUGUGACCACGGCUGAACGGGACAACUUCGAGGUGCCCUUCGCCAAUGAGCUGGAGAGCGACGAAGAGUUGCUAGCCCCUGAAGAGGCAGAGGCGCCCAUCUCUCCAGUCACGGCAGCCAUCACCAGGCACAGGGCCUCCCUAAGCAGCGUGGCAGUGGUGCGUAGCGUGCCGCUGUCACGCCCCGCCUCUGCAACCGAGAUCCGGCAGGAGACUUCUCAGAGACCGGCCUUGUCAAGGGCUGGCAGCAAGGAGAUGGAUCCGGCAGAGAAAGCCGCCAUGGUGGACGUGCAACUUCGGCCACUGUCAAGGGAGGAGUCCUUGCGACGCAGCGCCAGCGCUGUGAGUUUCUUCAAGGCUUCCCAGGCGAUCAAUCGUCGCAGCUUCUCCAACGAUGCCUUGGGCAAUGCUUUGGCAGCGGCGCGGCAGCGCCGGCAGCGUGCGGCCUUGCCGCCACCAGAGGUUCCACCCGAAGAGCCACAGAGCGAGCCUGCGCCGAAGCCGCGCCGUCGCAGCUUUGCGGAGCAGUUUGGCUAUGGUGUGAUCCUCAAGACGCAGCUGCCACCGCAGCCCCGCGCACAAGACGCGCCCAAGCCACGGAUCAGCAGCGGUUUCAUUGGAUUGCAAGCUGGAGACACGGAUCUGUUGC